AUGCCGUGCAUUCUGAAGGUCAGAAUAUCGGGCAUACGGGACUUCAACGCCUUUGAAAAAUCAGAAGUGGAUUCUCUUAAAUAUGUCGAGGUGACAUUGGGCGAAACAAAACAAAGGACGAAAUUUAAUAUUAACAGACACACAGAUGACCUGAACUUAUCCUUCCGGCUGGAAAUCGCUGACGACUCGGAGUUGCAGACCUGUCCACUGAAGAUAACGAUUGACGACGUGGAAAACAUAAACAGCGGGUACAUCCAAAUAGACUUCAGCUUCUUCUACUUCCACGACAAUUUGAAGUUGGAGGGAUGGUUUCCCCUGUAUGACUCCCUGGCCGGACUUAAAGGCGAACUAUACUGUACCAUAAAAUGGGAAUUCUUUGAGGAAAAAAAUCCUUACAAUGAUAACAGCGCAGAUGUCCUCCUCCUAGGCACGACGUCCUUUCCGAAAAACUCCCCCUACUACAUCGAACAAAUUAUAAACUUCGCUCACGAACUUAAGAUUGUAAACGAUCCCGAGUAUGACUGGAAGGACUUGAUAAGAUCCAACAGAAACUCGAAUGAGGCAAGAUGUGACGUCAUACAGAACUCCUUCAUGGAGACGAGGAAAAUUAUUGGAAAAAAGGCUAAACUGUUGGGUGGGAACGCCAUUAUCGGUUAUCAGGAACAUUUGAACUUGGAGGGAGGCACGACAAACAAAAUUUGUAUUCGCAUUAUAGGAACUGUCGUGAAGCUAGGGGUGAAGAACCUGAACGACCCCAACUACGCCACCCCCGGGGGAAACAGAAUCAUAAAAAAUAUUCUGCGCAACAAUGAGCUGCGGCAAAACAGCGUGGAAAAAAAUAAGGACAUGAAAUUGCACAAGAGGGACAGCACUCUCCCUAACUCAACCUUCAACUUUGUGGAUGUGAUUUUGCUCACCAUCGACUCGCUUCCAAACGGUGUGAAAUACACAUAUGGAGGACUUGUUGCCGCCAAGUCCGUGAAGGUUUUGCACCAACGGUUGACGGAGCAGCACCGAGACGAAUGGCUCCUCGAGAUAAGGGACGAAAUCAAAUCGAAUGCAACGUUUUUAUCUUGCAACGUCAUUUUGGGUUACAAAGAAGACACGUAUAUUUACAACGACGUGAUCAUUCUGUUCUGCUACGGCACGGCCAUAAGUGUGAUGUCCUCCUUUUUCCAAGACGAUAAAAUCGUUUCUUAUGCGAACAGUGAAAGGCAUAGGCACCACUCGCUUAAGGGUGGGUCCUUAAAUGCGCACAGAAAUUCUAGUUGUGUUUAUUUGCACUACGCAUCGGAUGACAUAGAGAGGAACACGGUCUUUUGCAGAGUGUGUAAUGAAGCCCCGGUGCCGAAGAUUCUCAUUUCGUCUGCGAGUGUUCCACAAAAUCUGGCCGUCAUUGGGAACGGCUUCCUCAUCUCCGCCUUCGUUGUGUACCCCCUGAAGAAGCACUACGGAGAGCACCUGGCCUCAGAGAUAAGCGAGAUUUUCCCCUUCCUGGAGCUGAACCUGCACAAGCAAAUCAUAUGCAAGCUUCUGGUGAACGGAUUCAACAGCAUCUUCGACUACAACUUGAAGUUAUGCUUUAACCAGAACUACCUGUUCGGUUACUGUUGCGGGACGGGCAUGUGCAUGUAUGGCACAUAUUCGGAAAACAAAUUUCUCAUCAAGUCAAACUACAAGGAUAAUUUCUACAUCCGGAACAAGAGCAUCAGCGCAAGGGAGUUAAAGAUCAUUUACGAUAAUUUAAAUUAUCGGUCCUUUUUUUGUAGAAACAAAAGUCUCCUAUCUCCAGUAUUCAUACAAGGGGACAUGGUACACGAUACGGAUGGCAGACUGGACCCUUUGCAGACUUACAAAAAUAAGCUCAUGAAUUUGAGCGUGCAGGAUAUGAUAGAGCAAGCCUUCUCUGAGCAGCUAAGCGUAGAAUCCACUAAGAGGAACUCAAACGGGGAUGAUCAAUCCGCAGGUGAUAGAAUAAAAUGCAAUAACUACUUCAGACUGAGAGAAAUUUACUUAAAGGAGGAAGAGGAACUACUGAAUUACCCAAACGAAAGUGAUCACCUUAAGAGAGACAACGGGAUGGAAUAUACCCAAUUAGGAAUCAAAGAAAGGAAGAGAAUUAAAAAAAAAAAGGAGAAAAAAAAAGCCAAAAGGGUCAAAAAUAAAGGAUACAUUUACGAGGUGGAAGAUCAUCUAGACAAUAUUACCCUACUUAAUAUUUACGAAGACAGCAUUGCUUUGUACAACUAUAUUUUCAACCUAGACGUCAACAACUAUCUGGUCAAUAAGAGGUAUGACAGUGGCGCCCUCCCUCCGAGGGGCACUCCUCCGAAGGGUGAAAACCAGAGUGGAAAGAACCUCCAGAGGAUCUACCAAGAAGAGAAGGAGUCACCCCCAAAGGAGGAAGUACCCAACUGGAACAAUUUAAAAAUAAUGGAAUCAUUCCAAUCGAAAGAGAGGAAGGAAUUAACGAGAGAUCCCCUAUCACAUGAGAAUGAGGAAAAGAGAAGUAGUGACCCCCACAGCGAUGUCAGAAGCCAAAUGGACAGACGAAGUCGAACCGACAGGGAGUCCCUCUCGAAUGUUAAACAAGACCAUAGUCCUUACGACACUCCAAUCAGCAUGACCAAAUCGACUGAGGAGAAGAAAUCCCCUCGAACCUUCUUUCCAGCAUCUCGUUCACAUUUAAUGAGAACGUGCAACCGCUCCUUCGCGCUGGAUAGAAGCGAAAACAGCUUUCCUUUCGAAUGUGAAUUUAGAAAAGGAGGAGCUCAUAACAACCCCAAAUACUUUUUCUACAUGUGCACACUGGACCUCCUCCCCAGCAUAAGGUUCGAAACGUUUUACGAUCAGCCGGAUGGUCGAACAGGAGAAAAUAAGGCAACGUCAAGUUGGGAGGAAGCAAAUAAGAUAGACGCAAACCAUGGCAAAGCAAACCAAUCGACUUCCUCCAUUGAGGGGAAGAGCUCACCCAGGGGCACCACGAACAACUUCCUAAUGGACUCCAUCAGGAAGAGCAUCACAAGUGGGGAAAGGCAAAGCUACUCCAAGGGAAGUGAAUCCAAUGAGCGAAGGGAGGCAAAUUUGGUGGGGCCCCUUCUGCUAAAAGAACGAGACGAACUGUUCAGCGAUCAGUGGAGCGAUCAGAUUAGUGAGCGUCCCUCCGAGAGGGGCAUCGACCUGGUUGCGAAUCAACGUAGGAACGACCAUGGGGAGGUCCCUAUGGAUAAAGUUGUAACCCCUCCAGGGGACAACAACCCCCCCAACCACAGCAGAACCCUAACGGAUGAAGAGGAGAGGAGGAAAAAAAGAACGAAAAAAAAAACAGAAAAAAAAAACAAAAAUAAAGGAAAACACACAUACCUGAAUAAUCUCUCAAAAAGUUACCUCUACCUGAUUAAGAGGAUAAAUCUGUUCAGCGAAAACAAUGAACAGGUAGAUGUGGUCUACGAGAAAAUCAACAAAGCAUUUAACGACCUUUACAACGUCCUCAUAUUUUAUAUAUUUGCAAAUAAAAUGUCUCCCUGUUGCAUAUACAGCAUUAAGUAUCAUUUCGCGUUUAUAUCUGUGGACGUCCUGGAAAUUAUGCUAACUGGUCAUUUGGUGAAGAUAAAAAAUAACAAUUCGAUAAAUCUGGAGUUGAAAAGCAUGAACCGAUUGAUGCAGGAGAAUCUGCUGAAGCAUUUUUUCAACUAUUUGGAAAAUUACUAUUUAGAGAAGUGGCAGCUAUUUUUUAACUCCCUUGAAUUGUUUCCCCGGACGAAUGGGAAGAACAAGUUGGGCGUGAUGAAGAGGAGGAACCAUAAUCAGGGUGAUAAGUCCCUUGGUGGGCAGAAAAAGAAAAAAGGAAUACUUCACGCGUUGGCAGGUAAAUUGUUCAACCUUCGCUUGUUCUUCUCUCAUAGGGGGAAUGGCAGCAAGUCGAAGGCAAUGGGGAGAAGUGGGACAGGGAAAGGAAAUACGGGGAAGGGUGUUACGGGGAAAGGCGUAACGGGGACAACUCAUUCGAAGGAUACCGUAACACAGCGAAAUGAAGAGAAGGAAACGCAAGGGUACAAAAGAAAUAAACUCAGUUUGUUCCUAAAAAAGACAACAAAAAAGACGAAGCACUCAUCCGAUAAGUACAACUUAUCUGACACGUUGUUCCUUUUUAACGAUCUUAAAAAUUACAUCAUCCUUGAGAAUAGGAAGCAUUUGUUUGAUUCCUUCACGGAUCAGAAAUUCUCCUCUAUUAUAAUAACCCCACUAAACGUCCUUCCAAAUGUUAUUGUAAAAAAAUACUUUGGCAUUAUUUCUCUACACAUAGUAAAAGAAAAUGUGAACCUAAAACAGUUUGAUGUUUUUUACCAGAGUAUAAUUUCAGAUAUUUUAUUUAUUGCCAAGUCUCAUAUUAAGGCCAUCGGGGCUAACUUGAUCUGUUCCUUUAAGAUCACCAACUUUUUCAUGCGCGAGGAGCGGUCUCACGCCUACGCGCUGAUUAGCAUUUGCGGCGACGUCGCCAAAAUUUGA